CGGCGGAGGCGUGACGUCACCGAGACGCCUGAAAGUCAACAACGAGAAGCGGUGGUGCGAGGAGCGAGGAGCUGCGGCGGACGAACCGACGGCGGGGUGAGGAGCUGCCGCCGCCGUGUGUUGCUUUGGCCAGCGCCGUUGUCACAGUGCAGGCGGCCCGAGGCUGCUCUCACCGCGCCGGGUGGUGAGCCAGCGAGCUGAGGAAGACCCCGCACUCACUCCGUCAGUCAGGAGAGCUGCGGCGGGGGGGUUUGCCCCACCAACGCCGGCGCCAGGCUGACUCACUGCUGAGGAGUGGGAAGGUCUGAAGAGCGCGUGCGAGAGAGAGAGAGAGAAGCGUCGGAAGGAGGGGAAAGCCUCCAUAACGGCUUCGACAGGAGAGAGAGUGAACCGACGGACAGCGAGAGCGGGAGAGCACCAGGCAGGGAGGGAGUGAGUGAGACGCUGACCCCUCCCCUCCCCUCUUCCUCUCCUCACCCCCCCCCCCAACCCCCAACACCUCCCCACUCCUUCUGGAGCUGGCGUGUAGCAGCGAAGAGCACACCGUGACAGAGGCAUCAUGAGCGAUGUCACCAUUGUCAAAGAAGGCUGGGUGCAGAAGAGGGGUGAGUAUAUCAAGAAUUGGAGACCACGCUACUUUCUGCUAAAGACGGAUGGAUCCUUCAUUGGGUACAAGGAGAAGCCGCAGGAUGCAGACCUUCCCUACCCUCUCAAUAACUUCUCUGUGGCUAAAUGCCAGUUAAUGAAAACAGAGCGACCAAAGCCCAACACUUUCAUUAUCAGAUGUCUUCAGUGGACCACAGUUAUUGAGAGGACCUUCCAUGUAGACACUCCAGAGGAAAGGGAUGAGUGGACAGAUGCAAUCCAGAUGGUGGCAGAUAAACUCCAAAGACAGGAAGAAGAGCGGAUCCAGUGCAGUCCUACGUCCCAAAUAGACAACAUCGGAGAGGAGGAGAUGGACAUUUCCAUCAGUCACCAUAAACGCAAGACAAUGAAUGACUUUGACUAUUUGAAACUACUGGGAAAAGGCACUUUUGGCAAAGUCAUUCUUGUGAGGGAGAAGGCAAGUGGAAAGUACUAUGCAAUGAAGAUUUUGAAGAAAGAGGUCAUUAUAGCAAAGGAUGAAGUGGCUCACACACUCACUGAGAGCCGAGUGCUGAAAAACACUAGACACCCUUUCUUAACUUCUUUGAAGUACUCAUUCCAAACAAAAGACCGCCUCUGCUUUGUGAUGGAGUACGUCAACGGAGGAGAGCUGUUUUUCCAUUUGUCGAGAGAACGAGUGUUCUCGGAGGACCGCACACGCUUCUAUGGUGCCGAGAUCGUCUCCGCCCUCGACUACCUGCACUCCGCCAAGAUAGUGUACCGGGAUCUCAAGUUGGAGAAUCUCAUGCUUGAUAAGGAUGGCCACAUUAAAAUCACAGACUUUGGGCUCUGUAAAGAAGGAAUCACUGAUGCUGCUACUAUGAAGACCUUCUGUGGAACACCCGAGUACCUAGCGCCUGAGGUGCUGGAAGAUAACGAUUAUGGCCGUGCAGUAGACUGGUGGGGUCUGGGAGUGGUGAUGUAUGAGAUGAUGUGUGGCAGGUUGCCCUUCUACAAUCAGGAUCAUGAGAAGCUGUUUGAGCUGAUCCUCAUGGAAGACAUCAAGUUCCCCAGAACGCUCUCAGCUGAUGCAAAGUCUCUACUGUCAGGACUGCUUAUCAAAGACCCCAACAAGAGACUUGGCGGAGGUCCAGAUGAUGCUAAAGAAAUAAUGCGACACAGUUUCUUUGUUGCGAUCGACUGGCAAGACCUUUAUGAUAAAAAGCUGAUACCUCCCUUCAAGCCUCAGGUGUCGUCAGAGACGGAUACCAGAUAUUUUGACGAGGAAUUCACGGCACAGACGAUUACAAUAACUCCCCCUGAAAAAUUUGAUGAAGAUGGAAUGGACUGUAUGGAUAACGAGCGACGGCCGCACUUCCCUCAGUUUUCUUACUCGGCCAGCGGGAGAGAGUGAAGCCCCCCCACCCCCCACAGCCAGCACUGCCUCAUCCUCAUCACGCUUUACCACUGGAACGGACUACUACUACGUCUUCUGCUUCUACCCAGUCAGACUUAGCCUAAACAAAGCUCCCCUCCUUCAUGGGGACUCCUUCAUCGCUCUCUAGCCAGGCCGAGGAAACCAGGGACAUGGUUGAGUUUUAGGGUAAUGGGAAUUUUUUUGCACGUCAGACUGGCUCGAGGUCUGGCCCGCUUAAACAAUGUCCCGGGCAGCUUCAGCCUCUUGGGCUGGCUGCCGGGGAGGAAGAACUGUGCGGUUUGUUUACUUUUUUGUUUUCUUUUGUGUGUGCUUGUUUUGUUUUUUGUUUAUUUAGAUGUUUAAAUGCCUCCUUCAGUGGGAGCAAAAAGCACUGAAUAUGCGUUACACCUUUCCAUUUCAGCAUUUCAGUUAAGAGAACAAGCGUGGCUUGAGAUUCACAUGAGUGUUAGUAUUUUACUGGCUGCAUUGAAUUUGCUUCUGAUAUUAAGUACAACAGAAUGUCCCUGCUCUGCUGUUGUGUCAAGUCUAAAACUGCCAUGAACGGUACUCUCAGGCUACACAGGUCACGUCUGUGCUCAACUCAGUAAACAGGAUUAGCUUUAUUCCAGCUCCUCGCUCAACCAGGGAAGGCCAUUAAUGCCACCCACUGCAGCUCUCUCUGUUUCUCUGUCUGAAUUUCUCUGUUUCUUUAGGUCUCUCGCUCCUCUCUCUCUCUUUUUCUCGCUCAGACACUUUGGCACAGUUCAGGAUCUGUGGUAACAUUUCACUGUGGCAUUGGUGGGGCAUUCUUCACGUUCUUAGCUGAAAUAAUCCUGUGAAUCUGAGCCAUGCAGCAUCACCUCUUGAUAGGUUUAGGGGAUGCGUUCUGCUUUAGGUACGCUUACAUAUCGCGGUUGUCGGAAGAAAACCUCAUAUCUCCAAAAUGGCAACUUUACAGAAGGAAAAAACCUACUUUACUUUUAAUGUAAGUCAAUGGAACCAGAUUUUUUUUUCCUUUUAGGUCAUUUAUUUUAGUCCAUUCAUCAUGAAAUUUACACACAGUGUAAAAGACAACCGGCAUUUUCAGAUUGUCACAAACUGAAAAACGUCAAAAAUGGAGAUACAAGGUUUUCUUACAACAGCAGCGAUAUUCCGAAUAGAGAAGCCUUGAGUUGAAACAGUCUGAUCAGUGAUAUAUAUGACCAUCACUUUCUUCCAUUUGCUUACAUAUGGAAUGCUUCCUAUUCCACUGGUCAUUCCCUUAGAUGGAUCUUCUGUCAUUCCACUUGGUUAAAUUAUAGUGAUUACUGUCGAUAAAUCUGGGGAGGUUUGACAGUGUUGCUUAACAGUGACACUGGGCACUUGGUCAAGCUACCCUUGCUCCACAAUUCGCAGUUAACUACUAAGAGCACUCCGGCAAUCAGUAAUAACAGAGAAACAUACAUUCAUGACUUCAGUGCACUGAAGCAUUUUCUUCUAUGUAGUCAAUAAUGCUACCACUGUGGCUCAGUAAAGCCAGCAUUAGCUGAUGGAGCGCUGAUGCCCCGUUAUGUUGUUUGACAGUAGGAAAUAUGCUUAAAUAAAUGUCUUCUAUUUAUUUUUUUCUGUUCUUUGUUUGUCCUUGUUGUAAAGAGUGUUGUCAAGAGGUUCCUUAUUGGACAAAAAUGCACCUACACAUGGCUUAAGAAUGUAAAUUGGGCCUUUUGCUUUAUUUUGUUUUCUUUUUUGAUGAGGUUUUUGUGUCUUUUUUAAAUGGGGGGAAACAGUUUGUGAGGGUCCUAUUCACACCAUUGUAGCAUUGCUUCUGCUUCUUUUCUCCAUCGUCCCUUUCUGCAUAGCGAGCUGUUCUGACAUAUAAAGGGCUGCACAACCUGGUCCUCUCGGCAGCAGACACAAAGCCACUGCUAUGCUCUGGCAGUGGGGAAAGUGUGGCUUUCACUAGCGUAUGUAAAUACAAGAGCAUGGCGCUCAGCAGCUCUGUCUAGUGAGACUUAACAAUGUGUUUUCUUCUGGCAAUUUCCCACGGCUGGCCAAGGCACUGCUCAUUCUGGCCUUUUCCAUUGCUUUCUCUAAUGGGCAGUUCACUUAAAGCGAGCUGGACAGUAUUAUGUAAGGUGAAGAGUUGGAUUUGGAGUCUUGUUAGAAUGUGUUCCAUUUGUUUUAGUGACCAUGAUAAAAGCCUACGCUUUUAUGCUUGUUUUGGUGUGUUUAGUCUCGUAGUAGCUGAUUUCCUUUUCAGAUUUCUUUAGAUUUCAUGUGGUCCAGUCUAGUCAUUGAGGUUGGAUCAUUCAUCCAAUCAGAGGCAGAUCAGUGAACAGCGAGUGCACUGGUAGAAAAUGCCCCCAUUAAAUGUUUAUUUGAAUAUUGAGCAGUUAUGGUACGUACAUCUACUGGUUUGGACCUGACUGUGAAGACACUCAGAUGAUGCUUGAUUUAUAAAUAAAUGGGCCAGAGAUCACAAAGAGAAGAGUGUUGUUGUGCUUAUGUUAGAGUUACUUAAUGUCAGUACAGGGUUCCACAGUGAAGGUCAGAUGUUUACCAUGUCUGAAGUGUUCUGUGUCUGAAUCCUCUGAAUGUGGUAUGUUACUUCAAGCCUAAAGCAAUACUCCAGUGCUUUUCCACCUUCAGUCUCUAUCUGCUGUUAGGAUUUUCAAAGCAGAUUGAGGGAAAGUCAAAUAGCUGAUGUAUGUUCCAACUUCAUGGCCUGUCCACUGAAGCCAGACACUGUCUUUGGUUUAUUCUUAAUUUAAAUUAUUUAAACAUAAAAAACAAACAAUGAAACAUCCUGGCUAUGCCUCAAACUAUUAGCAGUCUUUUGGCUCCUUCAUGACGCAUCUGGCGCAUACAGUACUAUGCAAAAGACCACUCUUCAAAUAUUUCAUUUCCAGUCAAAAUGGUCAUUAACUACGUUGUUCAUUUUUCAGGGUUAGGGGACAAAACCAAAACAGAAAACCUGUACUUAAGAGAACAGCUUAACAACUAAAUAAGAGUUUUCAGUAUCUGUUGUUUCCACUCGGUCUUUCUUAGAGCUUCCAUUCUUUUCAAGAGAAAGAAAUCUGCAGGGAUAUUUUUCCACACCUCUAAAGUUCAGUCUUAGAAGUUGGUUGAAUUUUCUGCUCCUCAUGAUCCAAAUAAUCCCAAACACAUUCACAUGAUGAUGUGUUCUGGACUCUGGGUGGACAUGUCAUUGUUGUUCUAAGAACACCAGCAGCUUCUGUGUUUGCUUGGCAAACUGCUCUUUUUUGUCUUUGUUUUUCUUUUCUCAGUAACGGCUUCCUGAAAGCUACACAUCCUUUCAGACUCACAGUGCUGUUGUCUUGAUGGACAGGGACGUGUGGAUCUUGAUUUUCUCCUCUAUCUCAGAAGAGACAAAGCUGAAAGAUGAAAGCUUUAAGUAUUCUUAAUUUGAUGGGGACAGUUUUGGUGGUCCACCAGUUCUUAUAUGACUGUUAGGAGUCCCAUUUUCUGUGACUUUUAAUCAUUUUAUAAACUUCAGUUUAUAAAAAAACUUUUUUUCACUUAUUUUUCUGUGACUUUUCCAAGUGGAGUAUAUCUUAUUUUCUCAGAAAUAUCUCCUAAAAACAAAUGCCUUGAUGGCUGUUUUCACUGUAAAUUGAAUAAACAAAGAGUGGUCUCUGACUUUGAGUUGUACUGUAAUUUCAAUACAGCCUGUUCUGUAAAAGAGCAGAAACAUUUUGGUCAGUGGUUGUUCUGUAUCCAUGGUAAUCGAGUCUAUGCUACUGUUGUGGCAAAUAGAAAAUACAUUAAAGAACACUGGAGUAUUCCUUUAGUGGUAUCGGGCAAUAAAACCUACCCCUUUUUAACUCCAGAGAUGGCUGUUGUGGCUCCAGCUUAUGGUAGUCAUGCUGGUUUCCAAAGACUGAGUCUGUAUGUAGUAGAUCUCAUAGUGAAGUCUGAGAUGUCAGUUGAGUUUAUAUAGGGAGGAUGUCAGUGUAUGUAGUUGUUAAGUUUAAACUGGGCUUGGUUUAGCUCCCCCAGUUUGAAUGAAGAGCAGUAUUGUUUGACGUCCCAUAUAAAAAUGCAAUAUAUUGGAAAGUGUGACAAAAUAUUGCGAUAUAUUCAGUUUUCCUGUGGGAUCACAGGAGAUGUUGUGGGUUUCUGUGGGGGAAUGAGUGGAUGCUCUGUCAGAGUCGUGUGGUAUAAUGAUGUGAAUGGUGUUGAUGGUGUUGUGUUUAUGUGGAGAGGAAGAGUAAGUCGGUAUGUUCUGAACAUGGUAGUUUCUCUGUAUUAUAGUGUAGCAGAUGUGGAUGCAGGGUGUACUGUAUGUAUGGGGAUUCUAGCAGCAGGACUGUUAUAGCUGAAUGAUGAAUGGUAAAGAGAUGUGUUUAGAAAAGGUGUUGCUUUCAUGGUUCGAGAAAGAAUGUCGCAUAAGAGAGAAUGCUUGAAUUUGAGUCGAAG